GGGGGAAUAGUAUUCAUCGAGUAAAGAAAGAUAAGGCAACGACACGACAUAUGCAUGGAAGUUGAAUUAUUGUUAUGGGGGUACCCAUCGUCGUAUAUAUAGCUACUGCUCCAUUCCAGCCACGAUACAAAUGAAACGGAUCUGCACUCGCCAAGUUGUACGCGUUUUCUCGCGAUCGCGACUGCCUUUCGUUGCGUGUGUGGAGAGAAAAAAAUAAGCAGAGGCUCGUGGCGGGCACACACACGGACACGGGUAGUAUAUAUAUAUACACUACACAGUGUAGCUAGUAUACCUCGCCCACUCCAAAGCGAAGCAGCAAGCGCUGUGACCGACUGUGAUCACACACCACGCGUUCAUGGUCGUCAUGGGCAAGCACGAUGACGAUGAGAAGCAGCAGCAGCAGAUGGAGAUGGAAGACGUACAUGAAGUAGGAGCCGUCGAGGUGCUGCCGCUGGAGAAUGAGGCGGAGGCCGCGCUGGUGCGCAAGAUCUCCGGCCUGGCCGCCGCCAUCGCGAAGCUGCCGUCGCUGAGCCCGUCGCCGGAGGUGAACGCGCUGUUCACGGACCUCGUCACGGCCUGCAUCCCGCGCAGCACCGUGGACGUGGAACGCCUGGGCCCGGAGCUGCAGCGCAUGCGCGCGGGCCUCAUCCGCCGCUGCGCCGACGCCGAGGCCCAGCUGGAGGCGCACUACUCGGACCUGCUGGCGGCCUUGGACAGCCCGCUGGACCACCUGCCGCUCUUCCCCUACUUCGGCAACUACCUGCUGCUGGGCGAGCUGGAGCACGGCCUGCUGGCGCGCCACGUCCCGGGCCCGCCGCCCGCCCGCGUCGCCUUCGUGGGGUCCGGCCCGCUCCCGCUCAGCUCCCUCGUGCUCGCCGCGCGCCACCUCCCCGCCGCCGCCUUCGACAACUACGACAUCUGCGCGGAGGCCAACGGCCGGGCGCGCCGCCUCGUGCGCGCCGACGCCGCGCUCGCCGCGCGCAUGGCGUUCCGCACCUCCGACGUGGCCCACGUCACGCGGGGCCUGGCCACCUACGACGUCGUCUUCCUGGCGGCGCUCGUGGGCGUGGCGGCCGAGGAGAAGGCGCGCGUGGUGGAGCACCUCGGGAGGCACAUGGCGCCCGGCGCCGCGCUGGUGGUGCGCAGCGCGCACGGCGCGCGCGCCUUCCUGUACCCCGUCGUCGACCCAGACGAGAUCCGCCGCGGCGGCUUCGACGUGCUCGCCGUGCACCACCCGGAGGGGGAGGUGAUCAACUCCGUCAUCGUCGCGCGUAAGCCCGUCCCCGUCGCCGGAGUGGGGCACGCGCACGCGCACGCCCACGGGCACGGCGCCGUGCUCAGCCGGCCCUGCUGCCUCUGCUGCGAGAUGGAGGCCCGGACGCACCAGAAGAUGGAGGAGGUGGCCAUGGAGCAGCUGCCGUCCUAGGCAGGC